UUGAUUCUUUCCAAGUUUACAAAAAUUCUGUUUUUCUUAAUAUUUAGCGAUACAACUUAGAUAUUUGCAUUUAUUAAAUAAUUUACUGUAAAAGAGUUAUAUUCAUUUCCAAGCUUUCAUCUUUACUCUCAUUCAGAACAAUGGUUUUACCAGUACAGAACCAAAAAAUCCUUGAAUUUUUAGAACUUGUUGGUCGUUUGAAACACGUCAAAAGAACAGGUUGGAUCAAAUGCGACAUUGAUGACUGUGAGUCUAUCGCUGGUCAUAUGUACCGUAUGGGAAUGAUGACCUUCUUAUUAACGGAAGAGAACAACCCUACUAAGCUAGAUAGAUUCAAAUGCUUACAAAUAGCCUUAGUCCAUGACCUAGCAGAAUGUAUUGUUGGAGACAUAACUCCUCACUGUGGAGUUUCACCUGAGGAGAAACACAGGCGAGAAGAUGAAGCCAUGAAAACUAUUGCAGAACUCACUGGUAUAGCUGGAGAUAGGAUGUAUGAGUUAUAUAAGGAAUAUGAAAAUCAAAGCUCACCAGAGGCUAAUUUUGCCAAGGACUUGGAUCGUUACGAUAUGAUUCUCCAAGCUUUUGAGUAUGAGAAGCGCGAGAACGCACCUAAGAAGUUGGAGGAGUUCUUUACAGCGACAUAUGGUAAAUUCAAACACCCAUUUAUUCAAGGGUUAGCCGAGGAGCUGUACAGGCAGAGAAAGGAGCAUAUAAACUCUGCCGUAAACGGUGAUUAACUGUAACAGUUAAGAUAUUAGACAAAUUGUUUUACAAGCACAAUAUGAACAUGUACUAUCAAAGAAAUUAAUUCAUAAGCAGAUAUUAUGACCUACCCAAUUUGGCCUCGUUGUUUCACACCCAGCUAACAGAUUACAUAACAUUGUAUUGACAUAAUUCAAACAAAUGAUGUAGGCCUAUGAAUAAAUUUCUUCAUUUGUACAACUCUUAGGAUUUGUUUCAAACAUUCUAAUUGAGAAGUUGCGAUGGAGUAGUGUUUUUAAACUUGAAGUAUUCCAUAAUAAUUGCUAUUUUUUGUAUGGUCAACUAUAACAGUAUUUUUCUGGAUUCAAUUAUUUUCAUGCUUACACAAUGUUGUAAAACCUUAAAACAUA